ACUGAUAAUUUAACGAAUCACGAUAGUACGCUACGCCUAAUUAAUAAUUUGAACUUCGCAACGUCCAUCUAUUUAAUUUUUAUGUCGACAGUAUAAAGUGCACAGUAGUUUACUGAGACAUGCUGUUGUAGUAUAGUGCAAAGGUUACGCCCAACGAAGUUAUAACCAAGAAAUAUUGUUAGCAAUACGCUUCAAAUCGUUUUGAUUUUUAGGAAACCACUGUGUCUGUUUUUAGUUCGUGCACAAUCAUUGGAAUCAUGUCAAACCCAGGAAUUAUUUUUGGUAAGAUGUUUUCUAGGCACAUAAAAUAGUUACAUAUUUUGGAAUUAUAAUGAAAACUAAUGAUCUUUGAUAUAAAUAUACGUAUGUAUAUUGUUUGUGAUGUAUUCAUAAUCAUAUCUGAUUAAUUUAGGUAGGUACCUAUUAAAUUUUUAAUUUGUUUUGCAGCAAACACUGCCGAUGGGCUGUAUAAGAUAUUUUCUUUUUUCAAUAAUAUAAAGAAUAAAUAAUUCUAACUAUUCAGUAAGAUUGAUAGUUCUGUUGGCCUUUUAAAGAAAAUGUGCGCGUGUGUGUGUGUAAAUUGUAUUAUGUGCCCAGUGUAUUAGGAUAUUAGAACUAUUAUUGUAUUAGUUUGAAAAAAAUAACCUUUGAUGCAUUAAAUUAUUAACACAAUAAUAAGUAGAGCACGGAUGUUAAUGACUGCAUAUUUUUUUAGUGAAUUCAGUAUUAUACCUGAAUAUGAUAUAAAUUUAAUUCAUGAAAUCUAGAUUUCAAAUAUGCAAACUUAUUUUGCAUAUAUUUGCUUAUUUGACAUUUUUGAGCAUAUAAAUGCAUGUAUUGAUUAUUUUUAGAUUAAGUAGCAUAUUUUAAACAAUUUUAAAUAUAACAUUAAAAAUUUGUAUAGUAACUAUUAACCAAACACGGUAUAUCACUACAUAAAUGCUGUUGUUAACGCUAUCAAUAUAAGUUGCUGACAUACCUAGUCAUAGUAGUUUAUUUAUAAACUUACUGUAGCUAGGUAGGUACAGGGGGUAGUUUACAAAAACAUGCUGUCAGAUUAUCGAAGGUCUUUCAAAUUUGAAAAUAUAAGUAAAAUAGUUGUUAUACAGUGUAAUCCUGAGAUUUAAAGUACUUAAACUAUAUAACAUUUAAAUUUUUGAAUUAUUUUAUUUUUUGAUUUUGAAUUAUUUAUAUUUUGAAUUAAUAAUAACCGAGUUUUUUGUAAAACUAAUUUUUUAAAAAAAUUGUAUAUUUAAUGCAUGCACGAUUAAAAGAGUAUAUAAUUUAUUCUAAAUUAAUAUUAAUACCUUCUUUUUUAUAUAUUUGUUAAAAAAUAGGUAUAUUUUGUACGUAUUAAGUUAUAUAAUUGCAUAUUUUAAAGAAAUUUUAAUCAUUAACAUCCGAGCUUUAAUAAUAAGUAAUCAACAUUAAAAUUAUUUUUAGAUGAAUCAAUGCUAAUUUGUGUGGAUUUCAAAGAGGAAGAUAUUAUAGCUAUUGCAGACGAAUGUGACAGGUUUACUAAAAUUGGAUUUUUGCCUGAAUUAGAAGCUCCUUAUUUAGGGCUUAUAUUGCAUAUGAUGGAUCUCACUUCCCUUAAUUCAACAGACAAUAGAAGUACUACUGAAGCCCUUGUCGACAAGGUAAUAAUAAAAUGUAUCUAUAUAAUAUCUAAUAUGUAUGUGUAUGUAUGUACAUAUUAAAGAGGUCCAAAAAAAACUUACUAGCGAAAAUUCAAAAUGAGUAUCUCCCUCCAUUUUUUUAAUAGGUAUAAAAAAAUAAUUUUGUAUAAAUAUGUACUUGAUAACUUCAGAUUUUUAAUUUUUUUCGAAAACUAAAAUAUUUAUGAAAAAAAAUUUAAAAUUAUAAAUUAUAGAAAAUAAUUCUAUCUUCAUAAAAUGUCAUAGUAAAAAUAAUAUUUAACUCAUUAUUUCAUAUGAAAAAAAGUAAAAAUAUGAAAACAAAUUGUUUACUUUAUUUUAAAAUAAACAAAUUCUAUUUUUCAUUUGACUGACAUUGCCGGAUAAAUAAUGGAUAUUUUCAUUCUGUAGUCUAGAACAACCUAACUAAUGGGUUUAAGUACAUGUAUUAUUUAUAUCAUUAAAUUAUUUUUAAUUGCAUAGUAAAAUGUAAGUAUAUAAUUUUAACAAGGAUUGCUUUUAAUAUUCGUUUUUUGUCAUUUUUUAAAAUAUUCUUCCAUCAGAUUAUCAUAUCAUUUUGCUGUGCCAUUUUGCUCAAACUUUUAAUGACAGACAUUUUUCUAAAAGAAAAUUUCACUUUAGAGAGGGUAGUUUUUUGAUUUUCUUUGGAGUUUUCUCAGCAAAUGUGAAAAACUGGGAAAAAACAUGGGGAUACCGAGGAAAUUGGUUCAACUGUAAACAAAUAUUAUUAAAAAAAAUAUAUAAAGCCUAUUUAAUUAUUUUACUAUAAUAUAGCAUAUUUAUUGUUGACUAUGCAUUACUAUCAACUGAACUCUGCUCAGAAUCGUAUUUUCGUAAGCAAUGGUUUAUCAUUUGUUGUGUACACAUUUUUUAGGCCCUAACAUACACUAAAACAACAUUACUAACUGAUAUUAAACAAAUAAAGAACUCUGAUCAUUUGUGUAGUAUUUAUGAGUACUUCAACACUAGUACAUUGACUCCAGCGACUAUUUGUGUAUCUUCUGUGCGUGUAAUUGAUGCUAUACAAAGACUUAGAUUUCUAAAACAAACCCUAGAUAUUGCCUCUGGUAAGUUUAUAUGGAAUUAAAUAUUAUUAUUAUAAUAUAAUUUUAUUUGUAUUUUUGUUUUUUUUUAUUAAUAACCAAUUGUAGUUGCAGGAGGAUUUCCUAUGGGCCAAGUGCCAUUGAGUAGUCAAAUAGCUGAAGUGGAGUUUGCUAUUUCACAUGGAGCAUCAGAAAUAGAUAUUGUAAUUGAUCGUGGAUUAGUUAUUGAUGGUGAUUUUAAGAAACUAUACAAUAACUUACGUGCCAUUAAAAGUAUAUGCAACAAUGGUGAAGUUUUAUUGAAAACAAUUUUAUCUGUUAGCGAAAUAGGUUCUUAUUCGUUGGUGUAUAAAACAGCCAUGACGGCUAUGAUGGCUGGAUCAGAUUUCAUUAAAACAUCUACUGGUAUACAUACAAUUAAAUUAUAAUUGCAUUUACAUUUUUUUUUUUAAAGACAAUUAAAUUUGUUUCAUAAAUUAUUUUCUAAUUUGUGAACUUAGUGGUACAAUAUUAAGAUAAAACUAUCCAACAUUAACAAAUGUAGAGUCAAUUUAAUGAAAAUAUAUUUCUAAAAGAACUUAGCUAACGUAAAACCAUAAAAGCAAAGUUACCUACCAUUUUUUAUAAGCAUUAAUAUUUUUAAUUUUAUUUAAUUUUAUUAUAACCAAUUACUAUUUUCAAAAAAAAUCUCAAACCAAUAUAAAUUUAAAAAAAAUGUGCAUAACAUUAUGGUUAUUGUUAAAUUUUACCAUAUAAUAAUGACUAUUGCCCUUUAUUGUGUCUGUUUUAUCUUACGUUAUGUCUUUUCCCUGUCACUUUUAGACACUUAACAACUUUCUCUGGACCAAAUAAACUCAAAAUCGGGAACUAGAGUUGUUUUAUAGGUAUAUUAAAGUAAUCAAAUUUCGAUUUAUUUUCAAUGUGAAUUCGGGACUUUUUUAUUUUGUGCAUUUUUACUACCCACCUUCCCCUCAAAUUAAAUCCAGGAUAAUAAAAUAUUCUUUAUGUAUGGUGUAAGUAUCAAGGAUUUGCCUUUUAGCCAUUGAAAAACAUCUCUCUCCCUUAAAAUUUUGUAUUUUCAAAUUUCAUAUUUUCACAAGGCAUACUAAGUAAAAGCGUAACCUAAUUCUUUAAAUACAUCAUUAAAAAAAAAAUGAAUUUUAAAACUUUAAAUACAAUUUCACCAAAUUCCACGUACAUUUCCAACUCUGUUAAAAAAUGCCAUUUGACAUAGAGUAAUGACAGACAAUGCAGUCUUAUGAAAUAUGUUAGCGGCAAAAAGUGCGCUUAGUGAAAGUUUAACUCUAGUGAUAGAGCACUGUUGUUCAUAACUUUAUUUCAUGUUGUUAAAACUAUUAUUUCUAUCCACAGGAAAAGAAGCUCAAAAUGCCACAUUAUGUCAUGGUGUAGUUAUGUGUGAAGCAAUUAAAACUUACUGUCAUAAGUCUGGUUAUCAAGUAUUAAUAUUUUAUCAUAACAUUAUCUGUAUUAAACUAUUGUUGUUUAUAAGUGUGUUUUUUAAGUUUAUCUUUUUGACAGGUGGGUAUUAAAGCUGCUGGAGGAAUUAAAUUUUAUGAACAAGCAAUUAGUUGGCUUGUUUUGGUUAAAAACCAGUUAGGAAAUGAUUGGUUGAAAGCAAGUUUAUUCCGUAUCGGUGCAUCCAGUUUACUAGAAGAUGUAGUCAAAAGAUUAAAAGUUGUUUUAAAGAAAUUUCAGUGAAACAUGUAAUUGAUUACAAUGAUUAUAUUUUAAAUUUUUUUAAUAAUUGAUUUUUAGUUAUUUUUUGUCGAUACUAACUUUAAUUUAGUUAACUGAUUUUAAAGCGCAACUAUGCAUUUUAAUUGAAUGAAUAAUCUUUUUGAUUGACAGUUAAGACUGGUGAUACUUACAUUUUUAGUCUGGUGAAUUUUAUCAAUCUGGACUGUUGAUGAAGAGUGUGUGGGCGGAGUAGGUAAUUUUAUGAUAUUCCUUGUACUUAUUAAUGGAGAUAAAAACCUUUACUGUUCUUAAACAGAAUUCCUUUCAAGAACAGAAGGUUUAUUAUAAGUUUUACUUUGUGGUCAAAAAAGGAAAUUUGAGUUGAAUGCUUUAGUGUUUUUGAUUGGCGUUUUAAGAUUAAAUUACCUGUAUAACUCUUAGAUCAUAUUUUGUUAUCAAUGGUUUAUCAUUGAUUAUUAAUAUGAAUUAAAUAAGUUUAUGUGUUCUAUGUUACCAACUUCCCACCUAAAUAGUGGCACAUCCAUUAGCACC